CCUCGGUGCUCAAACAUACUGUGCACGAGAUUUCGUCUGUAUAAAUACUUCGGCAGAACAUUAAAUUGACCUUCACAAGGUUAUUUCGAAACUCUGUUGGUUGUUAAGAAGCUUCUAAAGAAUUGAAUCAGAAUGGCUAAAGUUGGAAUCAACGGAUUUGGUCGUAUUGGACGUUUGGUGUUGCGUGCUGCAUUGGCUAAAGGUCUUGAUGUAGUUGCUGUUAAUGAUCCUUUCAUUGAUGUAAAAUAUAUGGUUUAUAUGUUCAAAUAUGACUCCACUCAUGGACGAUACAAGGGUGAUGUUCAUGAAGAAGGAGGUUUAUUGGUUGUUGAUGGCCAUAAAAUCCACGUCUUCCAAGAAAUGAAACCUAGCAGUAUUCCUUGGGGCAAAGUUGGUGCUGAAUAUGUAGUUGAAUCUACUGGCGUCUUUACCACAAUUGAAAAGGCUAAUUCUCACAUUGAAGGAGGUGCUAAGAAGGUCAUCAUCUCUGCUCCAUCAGCUGAUGCUCCUAUGUUUGUCAUGGGUGUAAAUCAUGAAUCAUACGAUCCAUCUAUGAAAAUUGUUAGCAAUGCUUCUUGCACAACUAACUGCUUAGCUCCUCUGGCAAAAGUUAUCAACGACAACUUUGGCAUUGUAGAAGGUUUAAUG